AUGGCCACGCUCGCCCGGCUGCAGGCGCGGUCGGUGCUCGUGGAACACCAGUACUACUUUAGGAACAGUGUUGUGGAUAUAUUUAGAGAAAAAGAGAAUGAUGCAGCUGUUAAAAUCCAGAGCUGGUUUCGAGGAUGUCAAGUCCGGACAUAUAUCAGGCAUUUACACGGAAUAGCAACGAUUAUUCAGAAAUGUUGGAGAAGUUGCUUAGGAAGACAACACUAUCAAGUUACUGUGAAGUUAGCAUAUCAUACUAUGAAGAUGAAUCUCUACAAUGCAAUGGCUGUCAGGAUUCAGAGGUGGUGGCGAGGCUACAAGAUUCGGAAAUACUGCUUCAAUUAUUUUUAUCUGAAGGCCUACCUGAAAGCUAUUUCAGAGACCAAUGACGCAGUCAGGGAGGCCCUGGACGAGUUUGCAGAGAUGAAGGAAAGAGAGGAGGAGAAGGCCAGCCUGGAGAGGGAGGAGAAGAAAAGAGAUUACCAAGCCAGAAAGAUGCAUUACCUCCUCAGCACAAAGCAGAUUCCAGGCAUCUACAACUCACCAUUCCGAGAGCACCCUGACCCGUGGGAACUGCGGCUGCAGAAGGCAAAGCCUUUGACGCCUCCCAGACGUAAGCAGAAGCGCACCGUCCGCCUGGGCAGCUGGCUGGCUUGUACCAGCACCCGGUCCUUUCCGCGGUCCGAAGUCCUGCCGCCCAUCCACAGGAAACAGUGUCAGGGACCCUUCCGGGCUCUCGCCGAAGUCCUGGAGCAGCGCUACAAGCCUCUGGAGCCGACGCUGCGGGCGGCCGAGCCCAUCGACGGGUUAAGAGAGGCCAGAAAGGAAUUCCGAGGGCAGGAAGGGGCAAGGAACAUGCACGACAAUCUGUUUUUGCCAUUCUCUUCCUACCAUAAGAAUAAAAAGUACAUUCCGUCACUGCAUUUGUCAAGCAAGUACAGUUCUGACUCUUAUGGAAGUCAACACUUCAGAGACAAAAAUCCUAAGAAAUGGAUCUGUGACAAGGAUUUCCAGACUGUAUUACCAUCAUUUGAUCUCUUCUCCAAGUAUGGAAAAGCAUAUUCGAAAGCUGGACAAAUUUUGUAA